CUUCCAUCCUUACUUUACCUUUGAGCUGCGACAUCAUGAGCAGGCUCAACUACAGCAAGUGGGACAAUCUCGAGCUGUCCGACGACUCUGAUGUCGAGGUCCACCCGAACGUGGACAAGAAGUCCUUCAUCCGAUGGAAGCAGAGGGAUAUCCAUGAGAAGCGAGAGCAGAGGAAGAUGCAGCUUGCCGGUCUGAGGGCCGAGAGGGAGACCAAUGGUACGCUGGGCCCUAUGAUUGAUGAGAUCAUCAAUUCAACCAAGAGUGAAGGGCAUACCUUCUUCUCUCGUGAAGUGUCGCGCCUUACAGCCGACCGAGCUUCACGAGGCAACCAGGAUGGCCCGAAUGGUCCCACGCCGAACGACAUGAUCCUUUCGCUCUUGCUCCAAAUCAACGAAGAUCCCACUGUCAAGGGGAAGCAAGGGGCAGAGCUCGAUGAAGCUCUCGCUGUUCAACUCAGAGGGCAUCGAGUGAAACUGGAUGAGAGAACCAAACAGAUCGAGGCGGAGAUCAAGACGAUGGAGGAGGAGGACAAGAGAAAGAUCACAUCGGAUGGUCUAAGGGAUGGGUUCAACACCGGCUACGUGGCUAAGCGCGAGGAGGAGGAGAAAGAGGAAGAGGAAGCAAAAACCAAGGAGAAGGCGAGCAAGGGCAAGGCCAAGUCCACGUCCUCAACUACGACCUACGAGACGAUCAACGCGCCCGGUCCCUCUGCCUCAGCUGCUGGCCCAUCCUCAACAACCCCAGACUCGGACGCAGAAGAGUCGGAUGACGAGUCGACUCCGGACCUCACGCCGGCGAUGAAAGGCUUUGCUCUCCUUCCUAGCUGCAUCCCUGCUACUAUCCCUCUCAGCGCAGAGGCUCUCCCCGCCACCUUCACGCCCAAGGCCCUUUCCGGCCAACCCUUCAGCGCAGCUCUUGACUUCCUUUCCACCCACAAAGCACUACUCCGCUCCAACAAUCAGGGGAAUGCAACUGACGCCAUGCUCGUCGAAGCAUUCCAAAGCCAGAUGCGCGGCGAAAAGAAGAGGGCAAGGCAGUUUGUCGAGAAGGGUUUGAUGCUACAGUAUCUGGGCAAGUUGGGUCCAGAUGGUGUGAACCUCUUCUUCCGGCGCAUGGCGGGACAAGACGGUAAGGCGGUCUCUGUCUUCUUCAACGACGUCUUGAGCACGUACGUCAGGAUCUCGAAGCGAUGCGAGGCUAUUCAGGCGGAGGAGGCCUCGAAGCCUGCUGGAGACGCAACAUCCGGCGGUGCAGGGCAAGAGCAGAUCCAGCUCGUCGCCGAGGAUCCUUCUACCGUCAUCGGCUUCGACGUGCCCGAGGGCCCCGCUCCGGACCACAUAGAGCUCGAAGGCGAGGCGGCUGAGCAGCUCGGUGUGGAGCAGGUGCGCGCCUACCUUGACAGGCGAUGGGAACUCUUCCAGGCUUUCCCAGAGGAGAUGAAGGAGGCGCUGAAGACCAAGGAGUUGGAAAAAGUGAAUGAGGUGCUGGGCAAGAUGCAGGUCGACGUAGCGGAGGAACUGGUGGGCAAGCUGGACGAGGCUGGAAUUCUCAGCUUCAGCUCGAAUGAGGUGAGGGACGAGACGGGCAAGUGAACGCGCGGUAGCGAGGCGUGAUCUUUUCUCCGCAAUCUCAUUUUCACUUGCUCUACAAAUGCAGCUGCGAAUGACGAAUUGUGAUACGGUC